UUUUGUUAAAUAAAUUUUAAUGUUGAGAAAAUAAAAAUUUCAGUUCGGUUUUAUCCAUUCCUAAAAUAACAUCAUUAAAUUUUUUAUUUAAUAAAAUUUUUCAAGAAUUUUUGAUUCAAUUUAAGAAUUAUGUUGGAAACCGAAUCAGUUGUACAAACAGGACAUCAUUUAUCAUCAAUACCAUCAGAUGAUUAUGAUCCAUAUAUAUGUAAAUUAAGUUCACAAUUUAAAAAAAUUGCAAAAGAUGAUUUACGUGAAGAUGAAAAUAUACGUAAACAAGCAUUAACACAAUUUCGUGAAUGGAUCUCAAAACAUCCGCAUAUAAAAAAAUGUCGUACUGAUGCUGUAUUUUUAUUAAGAUUUUUACGUACAAAAAAAUUUUCAGUACAAUCAGCAUGUGAAAUGUUAGAAAAAUAUUUAACAAUACGUCAAUUAUAUCCAAUGUGGUUUCAAAAAUUAGAUAUUAAUGAUCCAAUAAUUAAUGAAAUAUUUGAAAAUGGUUAUUUAGUACCAUUACCACAACGUGAUGAAUAUGGUAGACAAAUAAUAUUAUCAGUUGCUGGUAAAUUUGAUCCAUAUAAAUAUACAUCAACACAUAUGGCACGUGUACAUUCAUUAAUAUGUGAAGCAUUACUUGAUGAUGAAGAAUCACAAGUUAGUGGUUAUGUAUAUGUUAAUGAUGAAUCUGGUAUGAAUAUGGGUUUUAUUAGUUUAUGGUCAAUAACUGAUUUAAGAAAUGUGAUAAAAUGUAUUCAAAAUUCAACACCAAUGAGACAUAAAGAAACUCAUUUUAUUGGUAUACCACAUUAUGGUGCUAAAAUAAUAGAAGUUGCUGUAUCAAUGCUUACAGAUAAAUUAAAAAAACGUAUAAUUUUGCAUAGAAAUGUUGAUGAAUUAAAAACAAAAAUUGAUCCAUCACUUUUACCAUUAGAAUAUGGUGGUACUGUACCAAUAGCUGAUAUGAUUGCACAAUUUAAAGAGAAAUUAUUAAAGAGACGUGCUGCAAUUUUAGCAUUAGAUGAUAUGCAAAUUGAAAUAACAAAAGAAUCAGCAAAUUUCGGUGGUAACAGUAUUGGUGAUAUAGAUGCUGGUGUUGUUGGUAGUUUUAGACGAUUAGAAGUUGAUUAAAUUUGUUUUUGUUUUUUUUUUUGAUUUUUAAAUCGUUUUUGUUUUUAUUAUAGACUUAAAAUGUAAAAAAUAAAAAUACGAGUAUGUA